UGUGUGUGUGUGUGUGUGUGUGAGUGAGUGUGUGCGCCUCUGCUCUUUGUCCUGAGCCCACGAUUCCAGAGCUGGCUGGACCCAAGGAGGUGAAGAGUCACUUCUCCGCCCCAGGAAGGGCAAAGAAGAGAGACAAAGUCAGCCUGUCUGCUCCCUGCUUGGCUCAACAAGGCCUCUAAUAGUCUUCUGUCCUUUCUUCUGCACACGGCAUAUUUGGGAACAAGAAACAAAAAUUUUUCCAAAUGAAGAGAACUCACUUGUUUAUUGUGGGGGUUUAUUUUCUGUCCUCUUGCAGGGCGGAAGAGGGGCUUAAUUUCCCCACAUAUGAUGGGAAGGACCGAGUGGUAAGUCUUUCCGAGAAGAGCUUCAAGCAGGUUUUAAAGAAAUAUGACUUGCUCUGCCUCUACUACCACGAGCCGGUGUCUUCAGAUAAGGUCGCGCAAAAACAGUUCCAACUGAAAGAAAUCGUGCUUGAGCGCAGGCAAAUAUCCCAGUGGUUGCAUUUCCAAACCCCAAGAGGGGAAGGCAAAAUGAAGUUGCUGGAGUUGAGUGAAUCUGCAGAUGGAGCCGCGUGGAAACACUGGGCAGCGAAUAGCAACACACACAGGAUUCAGCUUGUGGCCCAGGUCCUUGAACACAAAGCUAUAGGCUUUGUGAUGGUGGAUGCCAAGAAAGAAGCCAAGCUUGCCAAGAAACUGGGUUUUGAUGAAGAAGGAAGCCUGUAUGUUCUUAAGGGUGAUCGCACAAUAGAGUUUGAUGGCGAGUUUGCAGCUGAUGUCUUGGUGGAGUUCCUCUUGGAUCUAAUUGAAGACCCAGUGGAGAUCAUCAGCAGCAAACUGGAAGUCCAAGCCUUCGAACGCAUUGAGGACCACAUCAAACUCAUCGGCUUUUUCAAGAGCGAGGACUCAGAAUACUACAAAGCUUUUGAAGAAGCAGCUGAACACUUCCAGCCUUACAUCAAAUUCUUUGCCACCUUUGACAAAGGGGUUGCAAAGAAAUUAUCUUUGAAGAUGAAUGAGGUUGACUUCUAUGAGCCAUUUAUGGAUGAGCCCAUUGCCAUCCCCAACAAACCUUACACAGAAGAGGAGAUUGUAGAGUUUGUGAAGGAACACCAAAGACCCACUCUACGUCGCCUGCGCCCAGAAGAAAUGUUUGAAACAUGGGAAGAUGAUUUGAAUGGGAUCCACAUUGUGGCCUUUGCAGAGAAGAGUGACCCAGAUGGCUACGAAUUCCUGGAGAUCCUGAAACAGGUUGCCCGGGACAAUACCGACAACCCCGACCUCAGCAUCCUGUGGAUCGACCCCGACGACUUUCCUCUGCUCGUUGCCUAUUGGGAGAAGACUUUCAAGAUUGACCUAUUCAGGCCACAGAUUGGGGUGGUGAAUGUCACAGAUGCUGACAGUGUCUGGAUGGAGAUUCCAGAUGAUGAUGAUCUUCCAACUGCUGAGGAGCUGGAGGACUGGAUUGAGGAUGUGCUUUCUGGAAAGAUAAACACUGAAGAUGAUGAUGAAGAUGAUGACGAUGAUGAUGAUAAUAAUUCUGAUGAGGAUAAUGAUGACAGUGAUGAUGAUGAUGAUGAAUAGCCCAACUCCAAACAAUUCUGAUGAAAACAAAAUCACAGCUACCCACUACCAUACAGACAGCACAAGGUGGCAGCAAGCAAUUCUGCCCCACACCCAGCCAGCUCCUUUCCCUUUUCCAUUAUCUCUUUUCCCACUCCCUUUGCAUCAGGAGCAGUAUCAUUCAGCAAAUGCCUUUUCAAAUGCAGCAAUCCCACUUAGCAGAGACAGGAGGAAAAUUAUCCCCAUGUUGACUGUCUUGACAGUCAUGGAACAGAUCUUGUUCUUUGCUGGACCAUCAAGGGUCAUGGCAGUGCCUGAACAUGGCAGUCUGGGGUGAACAAUCCCUUAACACCAGUUUAUGUUGUCUUUGAUUAUGACAGUAACAGAAUUGACAGCUUUCUAACUCACAGGCAUAGAGUGACCUUAUAAUCAGAGCCCAGGGAAGACACAUGAUUAAUGAUUUAGUUCCCUCCAUACCUCGAACAUGAGUUGGAAUCCCUCCUCCAGCCAAGACGAUCCUUCUUAGGGAAGGCUAGCCUUGGAAGCAAACUUGUAAAUCAUAUUCUCAUGACUCUGUUAAGCUUAUUUCACGUGAUGGUCAUUCAUAUCAUUAUGGAUAUUCAAGCCUUUGGAUGGCUGUGGAGAGGACUUGAAAUGUGUACAGUUGUCACCAUCAUUUCUAGUGUAUUAGGAAACUGGGAUGGGAGGUGGAUUUGCUCUCUAAACUUCCCUCUGGUUGGUAAGUCUCACAUAUUCAUUAGCAGGAGUGAGGGUGGGGGAAAACUAGAAAGAUGAAAGGUCUUACAUUUUUCUGAUGGGUUCAUGUCUCUGACUGGGUCAGCUAGCUUCCUAGCCUAAGCUGGGAUCUGAAUACCCCUUCUCUGUAGCUGCUAGUGAGCCUUCCCAUUUGGAUUAAAGAUUGCUUUAUCCAGCAGUCAAUUAACUCUCCAGUUAUCAGUACUCUCACAGUUGGCCAGGGCAACAGUAAUUGGAGUUCAUACUGAUGCCCUGAGGCACUGAAAAAAAAUUCCAAAGUGCCUUCUGAGCUGUAUAAAAGUUAUAUUGUGCUUGGUAGUUUUAGUGUUAAGUGUGCAGUAUGAUUUUCUAAUUUAUUUUCUCAAUCUUUUAGCACAUGUGUAAGACACUGUACAAAUUUUUUGAAAAUAGAGCAAUAGUUUUUGUGGAAAACUAGCUAACUAAUUCUGUCAUUAAACUCAUAUUUUGAAAAUAUUCAGACAAUGUUGAAAA